GCGCCAGAAGAAGACGAUUAGGAAGAGGUGGCAAGGAAAAACGGGAAGCGGCAGGGAGACCAUCACGAAGACCUCUGUGUGGUGCAGUUUAGGGUUUGACGCUAAUUCAAACGGCAAUGAUUAACUUUUCUGAACUUUGGAAGCCCGUGAUCUACACACUCCGGCGUUCAACUUCCUGCUGACAUCCUUUCCGUUACGUUUAAAAGUCCGAUAACCGAUCGCCGACCGCACAGCGCGGUCUGCAUAGAAACACCUGGAUGGUUUCCCGAAUAUCUCGUGAUCGGCUUAAUGUUAGUGUGAUAUUGCAUCUGUGAAUGAUGCUCUGUUGUAUUGGCACUGAGCUCCUGAUAGGCAGUGACUGAUCCCCGUGUGCAGCCUACUUUAAUUCGGCCGGGCUUUUACGGAGACGAUGGGGGCUAACUGCAUGUCGAAGUAGACUGGUUUAAACGUUUUCUAUACACCCACCGCUUUAAACCUUUAGACAUGGCAUUCGGAGCGAUGUUUAUCCGGCUAUGCAACUACCUCCAAGACCCGAGCCUUGUGGCAGGGUUUCAGAAGAUGUGCGGCGUUCAGGGGACCUUCUCGGAGAAACCGAGCGAUUCGGGGGACAAACUUUCAAGUGGUGCGAGUGCGAACGAUGAUGGGGGAACACGGGAAUAUCCCAGGCAAAGAAACCACUCGGACACGGAGGAAAACCGGUCCAGGGACUUGGGUAACGGGUCAGCGGCGCUGCGGUCAAGGGAAGCCGGGGAUGAGAUGCAGGCCGCCGGCUGCGGGGGUUCAGCAGAUACCGCGAGAGCCAAGCCGCUCCGGAAGAACUCUCUGACAGGGGAUGUUGGCAACGAGUUCAUCAUCAACAACAAGUUUCUGUUUUAUUUAUUCACGUUUGGAACCGAGCUGGGCAACGAGAUGUUUUUCAUCGUCUUUUUCCCCUUCGUGUUCUGGAACAUCGACCCCCUGGUCAGUCGGAGGCUUAUUAUUGUUUGGGCCUGGAACCUCUUCAUCGGACAGUCAACCAAAGACUUGGUUCGCUGGUCGCGGCCAGCCUCCCCACCUGUGGUGAAGGUGGAGGUGUUUUACAACUCUGAGUACAGCAUGCCGUCCACGCAUGCCAUGACCGGGACGGCUAUGUCGUUCUCUCUGUUCAUGCUUUCGUAUGGACGUUGGGAGUAUUCUUUCAGCUUUGGCCUGACGGCGGCCCUCAGCUGGAGUCUGCUGGUCUGUGUGAGCAGAGUCUACAUGGGGAUGCAUUCUGUACUGGAAGUGAUCACGGGCUUCCUCUACAGCCUCCUCAUCCUGGCGGCCAUGCAGCCCAUGCUGGACAGCAUCGACGGCUUCUACGCCGCCAGCCCGUCGGCGCCGCUCGCCAUCGUGCUCUCCCACGUGGGCAUGGGCCUGCUGGCCUUCAGCCUGGACUCCUGGAGCACCUCGCGCGGGGACACGGCCCAGGCCCUGGGCACGGGCGUGGGCACCGCGCUGGGCACCCACGUCAACCACCGGCUGGGUCUCCUGACGGACGUGCCGCUGUCCGCCCUGCCCCUGGCCAUGCCCUCCGUGGGGGCGGGCCUCGUGGGGCGCUCCCUGGCGCGCUUCGUCCUGGGCGUGGCGGUGCUGCUGGUGUGCCGCAUGGCGAUGAAGGCCGUGACCAUCCCGGCGCUGUGCCGCGUGUUCGGCAUGCCGACGGGGGACGUGCGGCGCGCCCGCCAGCACAUGAGGGUGGAGCUGCCGUACCGCUACGUCGUGUACAGCGUGGUGGGCUUCUGCUGCGUGUGCGUGGUGCCCUUCGUCUUCAGCCUGGUGCACCUGGCCUGAGCGGGCGGAAACCGAAACC